AUGUGUUUAACACUCAUGGUCAGAUCUCUGACGUCCAAAUCAUCCACCGUGGGACACGCUCCAUGGGGUAUGGCUUUGUCACCUUUGCCACCUGUGAGGAGGCUGAAAAAGCUGUCGCCGCGACCGACAAAACUGAAAUCGACGGGCGAGCCAUUAACGUUGAAAUCGCGAAGCCUGCUCCCGGCACACCUGGGGGCCCAGUCCCACGCGCAGCUGCCAGGGCUGGUAAGGCGUCUAAAGCUCGCCCAACCAACGGGGAUGCGAAAGCUAGUGACCAGGACCCCGAUGCCCAAACUGAUGAUCCCUCACCUACUGGCUCUAAGGCCAAACGCAGCGGAAAUGGAGCUGGACGUGGUCGAAGCAGGCGAGGUCGAGCCCGCCGUCCCGCUGGAAGAGCGAGCCAGCAAACCUCGUUCAACCCGCACUCGCAGUAGGCGAGGAAAAGCCCCAGUCGCAGCGGCUUCUGUAGAUGGCGUCAAACGCGAGAGACGCCCUAGGAGAAAAGGUCCACCAGAAGGCGAACCCAGCCAAACGUCGUUGUUUGUGGCCAAUCUGCCAUUCGAUGUGACGGACGAAAAACUGAAAGAGUUCUUUGCGAGCUACGAAGUCGUGUCGGCCCAUGUGGUUUCCCGACGUUAUGGAUCGAGCACCGGAAGAUCCAAAGGGUUCGGCUUUGUUGAAUUUGCUAAUGAGGAGAACCAACUGAAGGCCUUGGAAGAAAUUCAAGGGAAGGAGAUGGACGGCCGCGCGUUGCACGUCAAGAUCGCCAUCAACGAGGCCAAAAAGGAUGCUGAAGAGGCCGCCGAUAAAGACACCGGUGCUCCCGCCUCAGUCCCCGCCGAGCCCGCUGCGGCCUAG